AUGGGGUGGUCCGCGGGGCUGUGGUGGCUCGUGGCGGCGGUGUGGGUGGUGGCGGUGGCGGCGGCGGCGGAGGGUGAGGUCGCGGUCGGGGCGGCGCCGAGGCGGCACGCGUACGCGUCGAUGAUGUACAUGGGCACGCCGCGGGACUACGAGUUCUACGUCGCCACGCGCGUCAUGAUGCGCUCCCUGCGCCGGCUCAGCGCCGACGCCGACCGCGUCGUGAUCGCGUCCCUCGACGUCCCGCCGCUCUGGGUCCAGGCGCUGAAAGAUGAUGGCGUAAAGGUGGUCUCUGUGGAGAAUUUGAAAAAUCCUUACGAGAAACAAGAAAAUUUCAACAUGCGAUUCAAGUUGACUCUAAACAAGCUGUAUGCAUGGAGCUUGGUUUCGUAUGACCGAGUUGUUAUGCUUGACUCUGACAACAUUUUCCUCCAAAAUACUGAUGAGUUAUUUCAGUGUGGUCAGUUCUGUGCUGUCUUCAUCAAUCCCUGUAUCUUCCAUACAGGUCUCUUUGUGCUUCAGCCCUCAAUGGACGUUUUUAAGAACAUGCUACAUGAGGUAGCGGUUGGACGUGAAAACCCAGAUGGUGCAGACCAAGGCUUCCUUGCUAGUUAUUUUCCAGACUUGCUUGAUCAGCCAAUGUUCCAUCCACCAGAUAAUGGUACAAAACUUCAGGGUACUUAUCGCCUCCCUCUAGGCUACCAGAUGGAUGCGUCUUACUAUUAUCUGAAGCUUCGCUGGAGUAUUCCAUGUGGACCGAACAGUGUGAUUACAUUUCCGAGUGCUCCAUGGUUUAAGCCAUGGUACUGGUGGUCUUGGCCAGUUUUACCUUUGGGGCUCUCUUGGCAUGAACAACGUCGUGAAACCCUAGGGUAUUCAUCGGAGAUACCAGUAGUAUUAAUUCAGGCUGUACUGUACAUUGGAGUCAUAGCAGUGACCCGACUGGCGCGGCCUAGCUUGUCCAAGAUGUGCUACAACCGAAGAAUGGAGAAAAACACUAUGUUCUUGCUCUCCCUUCUGAGAGUAGUGGCAGCUUGGUCCAUACUUGCUGCCUACACCAUACCCUUCUUCAUCAUCCCAAGGACCGUGCAUCCACUGCUUGGCUGGCCUCUCUACUUGCUCGGUUCUUUCUCUCUUUCUUCCAUUGUGAUCAACUUUUUCCUCCUCCACCCGAUGACCGUCCUCACAACAUGGUUUGGAUUCAUCGGCGCGCUAUUGGUGAUGGCCUUCCCUUGGUAUCUAAAUGGUGUUGUCAGGGCACUGGCAGUGUUUGCGUAUGCGUUCUGCUGCGCGCCCUUGAUCUGGACAUCUUUGGUCAAGACAAUGAGCUCCUUGCAUGUCCUGAUGGAGAGGGAUGCAUUCAGGCUCGGAGAACUUAACCAGAACGCCGAGUUCACAAAGCUAUACUGA